GAGCCCAAUGCUCAGUGGCCAUCACAACUACCCAAUAUGCCUCCAAAGAAAGUCGAAAAGAAGCGUCGAAACAAACGCAAAUCACGAACAGAAGUCUCCUCCGCUUCAUCAUCAUCCUCCUCAUCAGAUACCGAAAGCGAUGUCUCCGUUCCCGCAACAAAAGUCAAGCGUACGAAAACGAAAACCGCAGUCCGAGAACCCGAAGAAGCCGCUUUGAACACAGAUUCCGACUCCGCUCCAGUUUUCACUCAAAAGAAACCAAAACAAGAUUCGGAAAAAGCUUUCGAAGAAUUCUAUCUCCGCCAAGUCACGAAAGAAUUCGCAAAUGAUUUGGACCGAUUGCGGUCUGCGGGAGAUUUUAAUGCGAAGAGUGUGCCGCUGUUGAUCUCGGCGUUGAAGCAGGGGACGGCGUGUUUCAGUCAGGAUGAGAAGAGGAAGGUGGUGGAGGCACUGGAGCGGUGAGAGAAAUUGGAUGCUGCGAUGCAGGAGGCAGAAAAUUUUCCCCGGCGUAUGAUUUUCAGACGCCUGCUUCGAGGGCUGAGAUUUCGGAUGUCUCAAAGGCUCGGUGGAGAAUGCAAGCAUGGCGCGGCAUGCAAUGCUCAAGUACUGAAGCAUAAAUCACGCCUGGCGUGAGAAUCACAUGAUGCGGUGGAGGACCAGAAGACAUUUGGCUGCAUUGAAUGCCGCCAGGUGCGGGCGGUAUGUUUCAUGCCUCCUACCUAUCGGCCCAGAGUGGUUGCAUUUGGAAACCGCUCAACCAUGAGGCACAUGGUACAAGCGGAGAUGGCGGACACGAUGUGAGCACGAAGCCAGGCUGUGGAAAGGAAAGGCU